AUGGGGCCUAUAGCAGAAGACACGGUGCACCGUCUGGGCUGUGAGGUGGUGAUUCUGCUGUUAGAGCUGAACCCAGAUCAGGUGAACCUGUUUAACUGGGCUGUAGACCGCUGUUUCACUGGCUCCUACCAACUGGCCUCAGGAUGCUUCAAGGCCAUCGCUACUGUCUGUGGCAGCAGGAACUACCCAUGUGACAUUGUGACUCUGUUGAACCUGGUCCUGUUCAAGUCUUCAGACACCAGCAGAGAAAUAUACGAGAUCUCCAUGCAGCUGAUGCAGGUUCUGGAAGCCAAGCUGUGUGUGUACUCUAAGCGCAUGGUGGAGCAGAAGCCUGGUAACAUUCUGUAUGGGACCCAUGGACCUCUACCUCCUCUCUACAGCGUCUCUCUGUCCUCACUCUCUACACAGCUGGCCUCCAUGUACCCCGAGCUCACUCUGCCUCUCUUCUCAGAGGUGUCCCAGCGUUUCUCCACCACCCAUCCUAACGGCAGACAGAUCAUGUUGUCCUACCUGUUACCCUGGCUGUCUAACAUAGAGCUGGUGGAUACAGGCCUCCUACCCCCUGCGUCCAGCCCCUGUACCCCAGAAGAGGAGCCCCGUGGUCGGGCACACACCCUGGGUCUCGCCCCUCGGCUCCGGGGGAACGGCUGGGGCUCCCUCCAGGCCAGCUCUCUGGUCCUCAACAACCUCAUGUUCAUGACUGCUAAGUAUGGAGACGAGGUUCCAGGUCCAGAGAUGGAGAACGCGUGGAACGCCCUGGUGUCCAAUGAGAAGUGGAGUAACAACCUGCGUACAGCGCUCCAGUUCCUCAUCAGUCUCUGUGGAGUCAGCUCUGAUACCACGCUGCUGCCCUACAUCAAGAAGGUGGUGAUCUACCUGUGUCGUAACAACACCAUUCAGACCAUGGAGGAGCUGCUGUUUGAGCUGCAGCAGACAGACCCAGUCAACCCUGUGGUUCUGCACUGUGAUAACCCACCCUUCUACCGCUUCGCAGCCAGUAACAAGAUGUCUGCUCACCACUCAGGCACUACGUCCAGCAGUAACACAGUAGUGGCAGGACAGGAGAACUUCCCAGAGACAGAGGAGUCCAAGCUGGCCAGAGAGAACGAGGAGAGGUGGAAAUCAAUGGCCAAGGCUCACAACAGACUGGAGUCUCGCUACAGUAACAGCUCAGGUGGUUCCUAUGACGACGAGAAAAAUGACCCUCUCCCGCCGUAUGCUGGUUGGCUGAUGAGCGUGUUGGAGACCAAUCGGCCGCAGCCGUUGCCCAUGCCAGUUAACGGAGGUUGCUGGGCGCCGCUGGUGGACUACCUUCCUGAAACCAUCACACCUAGGGGACCACUACACAGGUGUAAUAUAGCAGUGAUCUUCAUGACAGAGAUGGUGGUGGACCACAGUGUGAGAGAGGACUGGGCCCUUCACCUUCCACUACUGCUGCACGCCCUCUUCCUAGGUCUGGACCACUGCAGGCCAGAGGUGUUUGAACACAGCAAGCGUCUCCUUCUCCACCUCCUCAUCGCUUUAUCCUGCAACAACAACUUCCAGGUGAUAGCCUCUGUGCUGCUGCUCACCAGAGAGAUCAGUGACAACAAAACACUCACCAUCAAAUCCAGCUAUCAGCCAGAGUACCAGUACUCAGGUGGUCCUGACUUCCUGCGGGAGUGGCAGGCGUCCCCGAUGGCUGACUCUGGCAUGAGCUCCUCCUCCAACUCUUCUUCUGCCAGUCUUGGAGGCGGCAGCACAGGGGGCAGUGUGGGUAACCUACCCAUGGUAACCCCCGACGACCUGGAGGACCUAGAGGACACGGCCAGUGAGGCGGACAACAAGACCAACAAACUGAUAGAGUUCCUAACUACCAGAGCGUUUGGCCCGCUGUGGGUCCACGAAGACGUCACUCCUAAGAACCCCAACUGUAAGAGCUCAGACCAGCUGUCCAACUUCCUCCGACACGUCAUCUCUGUCUUCAAGGAGUCCAAGUCAGAUUUCCACCUUGAACAGCAGUUGAGUGAUGUAGCGUUGCAGACCGCUCUGUGCAGCUCGUCUCGUCACUACGCUGGGCGGAGCUUCCAGAUAUUCAGAGCUCUCAAACAGCCAAUCAACGCUCACGCUGUAUCCGACCUGCUCUCACGAUUGGUGGAGGUGGUGGGAGAGCACGGGGACGAGGUGCAGGGCUAUGUGAUGGAGGUGUUGCUGACUCUAGAAUCAGUGGUGGUGAACCUGGCUGAGUGUCUGAAGAACAGUGAUCUGAUGACUGCUCUGACCAGGACCUCCUCCCCAGACUUCUUGACCAAUGAGAAGCUUGAGAAGCAGUUUAACAGGAAGAGCACUGGCCAGCUCAACCUGCCGGGGGUGGGGCUUAGCGGCCUCUCAGCCGAACGCAGCCGACACCAGCGGUCCUAUUCUGUACCCAAAAAGUUUGGUGAGAGCGGCAACCAAUCACACGAUCCGCCUCGCAGCGCUACCCUCGACCGCAUCCAGGCCUGCACCAAUCACGGCCUAGGCCGGCCCGGACGGAGUAUACACGCCUCCUCGGCGUCGACUAAUCGAAUUGAUCCUAGCGUGCUGUCUGAUCCUGCCCACGUGUCCCAUCCUUCGUCCCUAUUGGCUACGGUGUUCUGGGUGGCGGUGUCACUCAUGGAGUCAGAUUUUGAGUUUGAGUAUCAGAUGUCCCUAAGGCUGGUCCACAAGCUACUGUCUAAGGUGCCCCUGGACCGGGCGGAGAACCGUGAGCGUUUGGAGAAGCUGCAGGCCCAGUUGAGAUGGAGUGGUUUUUCUGGACUGCAACAGCUGUUGUUAAAGGGCUUCACCUCCCAGACCACCUCUGACCUCACCCUGCAGCUCUUCUGUCAGCUCACACCUGUCUCACGAGUCCCCGUGGUCGACACGUCACAGGCUAUAGGUUUUCCCCUGAAUGUGCUGUGUCUCUUGCCUCAUCUGGUGCAGCACUUUGGCCACCCCACUCAGUUCUGCAAGGAGAGCGCUGAGAGGAUCGCACAGGUUUGUCUGGAGGAGAAGAACACCAAGCUGUCUCACCUGGCCCAUGUGAUGACCCUGUAUAAGAACAGGUCGUACACGCGGGACCCCUUCUCCUGGGUCAGCGUUGUGUGUCGCUAUCUCCACGAGGCCUUCACUGACAUCACGCUCAACAUGGUCACCUACAUGGCUGAGCUCCUGGACAAGGGCCUACCCAGCAUGCAACAGUCGUUGCUCCAGAUCAUCUAUUGUCUGUUGAGCCACAUGGACAUGACGGUUGUCCAGGUCAAACAGUUCAACGCUGACGUCCUGAAGACCAUCGAGAAGUUUGUACAGACAGUUCACUGGAAGGAUGCAUUAAACAUUCUGAAGCUGGUGGUGUCCCGGUCAGCCAGUCUGGUCCACCCAGCUUAUAGCCACGCCCACGGUGACCUCUCUAACCUGGAGGUCAGUAGGAUCUGGGACGGAACAGCCAAGGCCCUGCCCGGCAAGACACUGGACUUCACCUUCGACAUCUCAGAGACUCCAGUGAUCGGGCGGAGGUUUGAUGAGCUGCAGGGGUCAGGGGGUAGAGAGGGGAAGGCCAGGGCUGUGACCCGUAGCACCUCCUCCACCUCCUCUGGUUCUAACUCCAACACCGUCCUAGUGCCUGUCAGCUGGAGGAGACCUCAGUCCUCACAGAAGAGAACAAGAGAGAAGCUGGUGAAUGUUCUGUCUCUGUGUGGACAAGAGGUUGGCCUCACCAAAAACCCCUCGGUGAUCUUCUCGUCCUGUGGGGACCUGGACAUGAUGAUGGAGGUUCAGGGGAGCGGCGUGUCUUCGGAGGAGGGAGGAACCAGAGAAGACACGCUGGAUGACACGGCGUCGGAGCAGCAGUUCAGAGUGUUCCGAGACUUUGACUUCCUGGAUGUAGAGCUGGAGGACGGAGAGGGCGAGAGCGUGGAUAACUUUAACUGGGGUGUACGGAGGCGUUCUCUGGACAGUACAGAGCUGGGGGACCUGUUAGAGGAGAGUCAACACUCGGGCAGCACCCCCAGUCUGGGUCAGGAAGACCCACAGGACUCUGACCAAUCAUCAGAGGAAGAAGAGUCCUCUACCAGUCAGAGUCUGUCUCACUCACAACUGGUUAAGGAGACCAACCACACAGACUCUCUCUCUACGUCGUGUGACACCACGUCAGUCGACCCACAAUCCCUCAACGCCACCACACCAGGGACCAGCCAGGGACCUCCACACGACGAGCAGGGAGGGCUACGGGGUGAUGUGAGUGUAUGUGGUGAUGAUGAAGACACCCAGGGGCAGGACGAUGACCUGUCUCUCAGUGUAAACGACCUUCCCCAUGGCCAGGACGAUGACCUGUCUCUCAGUGUGAAUGACCUUCCCCAGGCCCUGGGAUCUGAUCUGUCUCUCAGUGUGAAUGACCUUCCCCAGGCUCUGGGAUCUGACUGUUGGGAGGGGGAGAGCUUCACUCUGGACCUGGAACACCACGGUCACCAUGGACACAGCAUGGAGCUCUGUAGACCCCCGCUGGGGUUUCUAGACCCUAGCUGUCUGCCCAGUCUCCGUGAUGACGUGGAUGAUCUAGAGGACCUUGGUUUUCCUCCUCCCCCCUCACCGUUCUUCUCCGCCAUCUUGGCUGCGUUCCAGCCAACUGUUUGUGACGACGCAGAGGAGGCAUGGCGUUGCCAUAUCAACCAGCUGGUAACCGACUCAGACGGAUCCUGUGCCGUCUAUACAUUCCACGUCUUCUCAUCGCUCUUCCAGAACAUCCAGACUAAGUUCUGUUCCCUGACCAGUGACGCCGCUGGUUACCUAGGAGACGGCCUGAGGGGCAUCGGGUCAAAGUUUGUGAGGUCAUCUGACAUGUUGACAACGUGUUCCGACUGCCCCACGCUCUACGUAGACGCUGAUACGAUCAUUUCCUAUGGUUUACUAGAGAAGAUGAAGUUCAGUGUGUUGGAGCUGCAGGAGUAUCUGGACACCUACAACAACAGAGAAGAGGCCGCUGUCUCAUGGCUGAGGAACUGUAAGGACACGUUUCCCAGGUGCCCUGGCGAUGGCGUGAUUACCUGUCAGCCAGGAGACUCAGAGGAGAAGCAACUGGAGCUGUGUCAGCGUCUCUACAAGCUUCACUUCCAGCUGCUCCUCCUCUUCCAGUCCUACUGCAAGCUGAUUGGACAGGUCCACGCUGUCAGCGCUGUGCCUGAGCUGCUAAACAUGUCUCGAGAGCUGAGUGACCUGAAGACCAGUCUAAGAGCAGCAGAGGCAGCGGUGGCUAGCAACCUGGAACACACACACCUGGCCCACACCCAGACCCAGGCCUCUGCCGCCCUGCCCAGCUUCAGCUCCUCCGAGGCAGCCGUACAAGCCAUCCUGGAGUGCCUCAACAACCAGGAGUUCAGCAAGGCCAUACGCUACAUCCACGAGUGCAGGAGGCUGUGGCCUAACGGUGUGUUUGGCGGUGGGUCAGAGAGCGAGGUGCAGACCCUCCUCAAUGUCUACUUCCGACACCAGACCCUGGGCCAGACGGGGACCAUCGCACUGGUUGGGUCACGCCAGGACCUCAGCCUUAUCUGUUCCAAGCUGCUGGAGCUCAACGGGGAGAUCCGGGACAUGAUCCGCCGCGCUCAGGGCUACCGGGUAGUCAACACCUACCUCCCCGACUCCUCGGCCUCAGGGACAAGCCUCUGACAGCAGCACAGGAGCCCCCCUCGUACCUCUCCUCCACCCUUAUUAGCCUUGACCCGACAAACCUCAUCGUCCCUGUCACCCCUACCACCCCUGAUCCCAUUGCAGAUGGUGCUGUUACCCCUGACCAUAACACCACUACCACCAUCUCAACUGCCCCAAACCCAGCCUCACUUCUGGCCUCUCCCUCCAGCUCAACCAUAGACUGGUCUCUGCCCUUACUCAUAGACUUCUACUGGCCUCCCCCAGACCUCUCCACACCCCACCGUGAGUGCACAAACAUACAUCAGGCCUCUCACACACACUCGUUACAGUGCAUCCCAAACCUCAGCCCUAACACACACACUCCACUCAAACCAGGUAACACAUUGCCCGACCUUACGCACACACACACACUCACACACACAUUUUCUGCUAUCCCACCUCGUGGACCACACCUCCAUCCAACCCCUCCUCCUGUCCUAGACACAUCUCCAACCCCCAUACUAACCCGUCUUAGUACACAGUCUGACACACACACAUUUCCUGCUAUCCCACCUUGUGGACCACACCUCCCGUACUCCCCGUACACACAUCCAGAACCAGUCUUAGACACACAAGGUCUGGCCCCUCUCCUUCCUCCUCUUCCUCUUCCUCCCGACCCAGCCCAAGGUGCAGAGGCGGGGUGGGGGUGCUGCUGCGCCAUAGGAGGGGGUGGUACAUCCCUGUCCCGUUACCUGGGGAAGGUGGGUCACGCCGCCCGGCCCCUACUCAGAGUGGGGGGGCUCCUGAACCCUAAACAACCCUCUGGUGUUCACACCUGAGGGUCAAUAUACCUGAUAGACUCACCUGAUGAUGCUGGUCAUACCUGAUGCUGACCACACCUGAUGCUGACCACACCUGAUGAUGCUGACCACAACUGAUGAUGCUGACCAUACCUGAAGAUGCUGACCACACCUGAUGCUGAUCGUACCUGAUGAUGCUGACCAUACCUGAUGCUGACCAUACCUGAAGAUCUCAACCACUCCUGAUGAUGCUGGCAACACCUGUGGAUUAAAAGUCCCCGAGAGACCAAAGGACAUACCUGAAACACCUGAUGAACCUGAGGAUUUACCUGACCUGAUAUCAGACUCAACCUGUGAAUGAAAAUACCUGAUCUCAGUGAAACCUUAGGAUGGAGGAAGUAUCUACCUGUUAUCACCAGGUAACCUGGGGGUCCACU